UCAGAUUUGCGUGCUUCUGCGAAUGCGAACCGCCCACCUCCCUUGUACGUUGGCGCCGUUGAGGAUUCACAGAAGCGUGCAAGAUUCCCCUUCUCUCAUCCCCAUCCGGCGUCGCUAUGAAGUGGAUUCAGUAGAAAUUCGAAGGCAGAAGUUCUCUCCCUCUUCUCGGUCGAGUCAGUUUUGCUUCUACUAGUGAAUUGCCCACCUCCCGUUUCUGUUAGACGCCGUCGAAGAAUCACAUAAGGGUGCGAGAAUCCGCUUCUCUCAUCCCGAUCGGGCGUCGCUGUGAAGUGGAUUCAGUAGCAAUUCCAAGGCAGGAGUUGUCUCUUUCUACGUCUCUCUCUUUCCGGAUGCGCUCGGUCGGGGAUCGACAACCUAUUGCCUGAAUCUGGUCGAGGUGAGCUUCUCAGAACAAUCGCCCUAAGCAAUUCCCUUGCUUCCUUGAGCUCAUGGAGGACAUCAAAGAUGAAUACACCCAGGAUGGGACAACCGAUAUCCAUGGGAACCCAGCUAUCAAGAAGAACACCGGAAAUUGGAGGGCUUGUCCCUACAUUCUUGCAAACGAGUGCUGCGAAAGGCUGGCUUACUAUGGGAUGAGCACCAACCUGGUGAACUACAUGAAGGAUCGUCUCCACCAAGGGAAUGUCACUGCAGCAAAUAAUGUCACUAACUGGUCAGGAACAUGCUAUAUAAUGCCACUGCUUGGGGCGUUCAUAGCUGAUGCCUACAUAGGAAGAUACUGGACAAUUUCCAGCUUCAUGAUCGUUUAUAUUUUGGGUUUGACACUACUGACAAUGACCGCAUCAGUCAAAGGUUUGAAACCUUCAUGCCAAAAUGGUGUCUGUGAUCCAACGAGAGCGCAGACUGCAGCAGUCUUCACAGCGCUCUAUCUUAUUGCGCUGGGAACGGGAGGAAUCAAGCCAUGCGUCUCUUCCUUCGGUGCUGAUCAAUUCGACGACUCUGACGAAUCGGAGAAGAAGAGGAAGAGCUCGUUCUUCAAUUGGUUCUACUUCUCCAUCAACAUAGGCGCCCUGAUUGCUUCGUCUGUGCUAGUUUGGAUACAGACAGACGUCGGAUGGGGAUGGGGGUUUGGAAUCCCAGCGGUCGUCAUGGCCAUUGCAGUCGUCAGCUUUUUCAUGGGCACACGGCUGUACAGGCACCAGAAACCUGGAGGAAGCCCCCUCACACGCAUUGCCCAGGUUAUGGUGGCAUCUCUGAGGAAGGCUGGGGUGAAAGUGCCUGCUGAUAAGUCACUGCUCUACGAGAUCACACAAAAGGAAUCGGCCAUACAAGGCAGCCGUAAGCUUGACCACACAGACCAGUUCAAGUUCCUUGAUAAGGCUGCUGUAGAGACUCAAGAAGACAAGGCCAGGAGUCCAGUGAAUCCAUGGAGGCUCUGCACGAUCACCCAAGUGGAGGAGCUGAAGAGCAUUCUGCGAAUUCUUCCAGUGUGGGCAAGUGGAAUCGUCUUCUCCACCGUCUACAGCCAGAUGAGCACCAUGUUCGUUCUGCAAGGCAACACCUUGGACCGCCACAUGGGCCCCCACUUCCAGAUACCGUCGGCGUCGCUCUCCAUCUUCGACACCAUCAGCGUGAUCGUGUGGGUUCCGAUCUACGACCGCAUCAUCGUUCCGGCGGUCCGAAGGUCCACCGGCCGGGAGCGGGGCUUCACGCAGCUGACGCGCAUGGGCAUCGGCCUGGUCAUCUCCAUCUUCUCCAUGGUGGCGGCUGGCAUUCUGGAGGUCGCGAGGCUGCGGACCGUGGCACGGCACGGCCUAUACGACGUCACUAGUGGCUAUGUUCCCAUGUCCAUAUUCUGGCAGGUGCCUCAGUACUUCAUCGUGGGGGCGGCCGAAAUCUUCACCUUCAUCGGCCAACUGGAGUUCUUCUACGACCAGGCACCGGACGCCAUGAGGAGCAUGUGCUCCGCGCUCUCGCUUACCACGGUGGCGCUGGGGAACUACUUGAGCACCUUGCUCGUCACGAUCGUCACGUCCAUUACGACGAGGAACAGGAAGCUGGGAUGGAUUCCGGACAACCUCAAUCGCGGCCACCUCGACUACUUCUUCUGGCUGCUGGCCGUUCUCAGCCUCCUGAACUUUGGCGUGUAUCUCUUGAUCGCCAAGUGCUACACCUACAAGAAGACAGUAGAGGACGAGAAGACCACAACCAACGACGUCGAGCUACAAUGAGAUUGGUGGUGGUUCGUUUGCUUUAGCAGUUUGAGAGGUCAGUCUGUGUUGCAAGUCUAAACCGUGUGACUCUGUUUUAUUCGAUUCGCUUGCCAUGUAAUGUUUGGUAAUGGGUGGGGAUACUGACGAUGAAGACAACGGUGUCAGAAGCCUUGGCCUCCCUGACGGCGGCGUUGACGCCGUUCUCGAUCAUCGUUUCCUUUUUUU